AUGGCGCGUUUGAAUCCCCAGAUUUCCGCGCUCGCAACUCCCGCAAUCGCCGAUGAUCCCUCUCACGACCAGCAUGAGCCCGACGACACAACGAGCCUCGAUGUACCAGUACAGCUUCUGACGCCGGAGAAUAGCCGCUCAGAAACUUCCAGCAACAAUGAGGUUACGGUAGCUGAAGAGAAAGUGGCACCCCGCCGGAGAUCUACACGCGUAGCUCGCGCUUCACUGCAGGCGACUGAAGCUGAAGAGAUCACCACCCCCUACAUUGAAGAUACAGCUGCGUCAAGUAGCCAAGCAUAUGUUGAUAGCCUUGUCGAGGCAAAGCGAACACGCUCGUCACUGCGUCACAGUAUAGCUGUGAUGGAGCGUUCGAAUGACAUUGCGCCCCCCGACGAUAAUACCACGAUGGCCGACUACAACCCCCCACUACCUAAUACACCUUCCUCAAAUACCUCACAAGACCAACCAGUGGAUGACGUGGCAUCUUCGACUCAGCAGCGCACCCUGCGCAAACGUGUGGCAAAGGUGCUUGCCGAGGUAGCGAAAACACCCCAGUCUGAAACAGCGCCGCAACCCAAUUUGCAAGGCCCUGUGCGUAAAUCGACGCGCCUCAGUCUCGUGAGCAAGCCGCUUGAUUUGUUGGAGCGAACGAGCGCCGUGCUGGGUAAACGAUCACGAGAGUUGAGCCAAAAGAGUAAAGAGCCAAGUCGUCGCUCUAGUCUUCGUCCUCGGGUCACUGCACCAAAGCAGGAUGCGCUUGCCUCAGCACCCGAGCCUCCUGCCGCGAAGAAGCGCCGGGUUUCUGAGAGCGACUUAUCCAAAUUACGUGACAUUGAAGCUGAGGUCCCGUCUGAGGAACCCACCGCGCCUCCCCCUCCACCUCGAUACAAGCCCAAGAAAUGGUUGGCUCACGGGCUAUACACGGGACAAGAGCCUUCCGAUUCUCCUCCGAAGCAACGACGCAGUAAAAACUCUUCAAAAACCACAACCAGACCCGCGCAAAGGCGCCUGCUUCCCAUGCCCAUGUUUGGUGGUGCUCGACUGAUCCAAAGUGGCAGAGAUUACGUAUUGCCAUUUGAUGUCUUUUCACCACUUCCGCCAGGUCAACCGAAACCGGAUGAAUGGCGCAAGACCAACAAGAACGUUUUUGUUGGCGACGCGGCUAGUGAGUGGAAAGCGAACAAGAAAUUGGAGCUUUCCACCUGCAUGUGUGAAGAGGAUACAGGCUGUGAUGAGAACUGCCAGAACAGGUACAUGUUCUACGAAUGCGACAGCGGCAACUGCAGACUUGGUCCAGAGUGUGGAAACCGUAAUUUCAGCGAGCUCAAGCAUCGAACGAAGGCCGGUGGCAAGUACAACAUUGGCGUGGAGGUGAUCAAGACCUCCGAUCGCGGAUACGGUGUUCGAAGCAACAGGACAUUCGAGCCGAACCAGAUCAUCGUAGAGUACACCGGAGAGAUCAUCACACAGUUUGAGUGUGAGAGGCGCAUGCGGACGGUGUACAAGAACAAUGAGUGCUAUUAUCUCAUGUACUUUGAUCAGAAUAUGAUCAUUGACGCCACGAGAGGAUCAAUUGCUCGCUUUGUGAACCACUCGUGCGAGCCUAACUGUCGCAUGGAAAAGUGGACUGUUGCUGGCAAGCCACGGAUGGCCCUGUUCGCAGGGGAUCGUGGUAUCAUGACUGGGGAGGAGCUAAGUUAUGACUAUAACUUUGACCCUUACUCCCUCAAGAAUGUUCAGCAAUGUCGCUGCGGCUCGGAGAAUUGCCGAGGUAUCCUCGGUCCACGGCCAAAAGACAAAGAUCAGCGAGCGAAGCUGGAAGAAAAGGCACAGGCUGAAAAGGAGGCCAAAAAGCCGCUGGGGAAGAAGCGCAAGCUGGUCGACGCGGAGAGUACAGCUUCGCAGAAGGGGAAGAAGCGCAAGGUGCUCAAUGCCAAAUCGAUCAAGGCCAGCGUCAAGAAGGUCGUAUCCAAAGCCACGGCGCGCGGGAAAGCAGGUACAACAAAGUCAGCCAAGGCUACGACGACAUCAAGUCGGUCGAAGACGACGAAGGCAGUGAACCUGCCCAAGGUCAAAGCCGCGUCGCGAGUCAAGGCGACUGUUGAAAAGGGACCUCGGUCAAAGGGAAAGGCUGCUAAGACCACCACAGCCUCUUCAGCGAAGGGAUCCUCGGUCCUAAAGCGUCCCUCGCUUGAGACCAAAAAGAAGAUUCUAGCGCGGGCCAAGGGCACUAGCCGCGCUUCGCCCAAGAAAUCACCUGCGAAGCCCAAGAAAGGCCAGACAAAAUCGCCUCGCAAACCUGCUGGGAAAAAAGCGCUCGCAAAAAGUCCGGCGAAGUCUCGGGUGCCCACUUCAAAAGUGAAGAAAUCCGGCACUGCUCCUGCGCCCAAGGCGAAGCGAACUCUAGCAGGCAGCGUGAAAAAAGUUACGAAAAGCGUGAUCCGUGCAGUAAAGGGAAAGUCUGCUUGA